CCACGGUCGGGGGCUCGGAGUCAGGGCUGGCUGGCUGGUAGGUAGAUGAUGAAGGCUUCCGCGUCCUCGCUGUUCCGAUCCGUGUACCAGUAGGUUCCCUUGGUCGGGUCGGACUAGGAUUCGUGCUCCUCUUGGCAGAACCCGACAUAUAUAGAAGGUCGAGAUAGGUCGUCCUCUGCUCAGCUUCGUGCGAAAGAUUCGAUCUUUGGGGGCGGCUGGGCUGCGAUUUUGCCGACUGCUUAGAGGCGCCGAUCUGUGCGAGUUGUUAGGGUUUCCGUUUCUUGAGAUUUUGUCCCCAAGACGGCCCUUUAGGAGUGAGGAUUUUGUGGCUGUGAGACGAGAAUGACGACUUCUAAUAAGCCGAUUUCGCUGGCUGGGCCGGUCGACGCCGAUGUGCUCAGGACAGCGGAGUUAAACAAGUUCUUGGUUGAUGCUGGGCUAUAUGAAACCGUGGAGGAGUCGGCCAGGCGAGAGGAGGUGCUGGGGGAGCUUGACAAGAUUGUCAAAGACUGGGUGAAGCAGUUAACUAGUCAGAGGGGGUACACCGAUCAAAUGGUCGAAGAGGCAAAUGCCGUGCUUUUCACCUUCGGGUCGUACCGUCUUGGGGUCCAUGGACCUGGGGCUGAUAUCGACACGUUAUGUGUUGGGCCUUCUUAUGUGAAUCGUGAGGAGGACUUCUUUAUUGUACUGCAUGACAUAUUAUCGCAAACAGAGGAAGUGACUCACCUCCAACCUGUACCUGAUGCACAUGUCCCUGUUAUGAAAUUUAAAUUCCAUGGGAUAUCAAUUGACCUUCUUUAUGCCAGCGUUUCUCUCUUAGUUGUACCAUCUGAUUUGGAUAUCUCUCAGGAAUCAGUGCUUUAUGAGAUUGAUGAAGCUACUGUUCGCAGUCUUACUGGCUGCAGAGUGGCUGACCAAAUUCUUAGGCUUGUUCCGAAUAUUGAGAACUUCCGAACAACACUAAGGUGUUUGAAGCAUUGGGCAAAAAGAAGAGGUGUUUACUCAAAUGUUACUGGUUUUCUUGGAGGUGUCAAUUGGGCAUUACUGGUUGCACGUGUCUGCCAGCUCUAUCCUAAUGCUGUACCAAGUAUGCUGGUCUCGAGAUUCUUCAGAGUCUUCACCCAGUGGCACUGGCCAACUCCAGUGAUGCUGUGUGCUAUUGAAGAGGAGGAGCUUGGUUUUCCUGUCUGGGACCCGCGCAAGAAUCCUCGUGAUAGAACUCAUCAUAUGCCCAUUAUCACCCCAGCAUAUCCAUGCAUGAACUCUAGCUACAAUGUAUCGACCAGCACACUGAGGGUUAUGAUAGAGCAAUUUCAGUUUGGCAAUAAAAUAUGCCAGGAAAUUGAGCUGAAUAAGGCUAAUUGGUCUGCCCUUUUUGAACCUUUCAAUUUCUUUGAGGCAUAUAAAAAUUAUCUACAAGUUGACAUCAUCGCCGAAGAUGAUGCGGAUCUUAGACUUUGGAAGGGAUGGGUGGAGUCUCGGUUAAGGCAACUGACUUUAAAGAUUGAACGGGAUACAUAUGGGAAGUUGCAAUGCCAUCCUUACCCAUCAGAGUAUGCAGAUCCUUCUAGACAGUGUGCUCAUUGCGCUUUCUUCAUGGGUUUAUCAAGGAAAGAAGGUGUGAAAAUACAAGAAGGUCAAGCGUUUGAUAUACGUGGGACAGUUGAUGAGUUUAGGCAUGAAAUCAACAUGUAUAUGUUCUGGAAGCCUGGGAUGGAGUUGGCUGUUUCUCAUGUUCGGAGGAAGGAAAUUCCUGCUUAUGUAUUCCCAGAAGGAUACAGGCGACCUCGUCCUCAGAGGCAUGUGAAUCAUCAUCAACAGUCUGGUAAAAAUGCAACUGAGAAUGGCACAUUGACUGGAUCUCCAGAUGGUCAGCUAAAGAGGAAGCAUGCUUCUGAUGGAGUGAAUGAUACUGAACCUUGCAGAUCUGUUAAGAGGGCUUCAGUCAGCCCAGUUCACCCUAAAACUUCAUCACCACUGUCUGGGAGCCCGGUUCAACCCAAAACUUCAUCACCUCUGUCUGGGAAUGUUAGUGACGAUCCCACAAGCAACAACCAAACCAAAGAUACUUCUAAUGCAAGCGGUGGGAGUCAGGAUUCCCCUAGCAGUGGCAAUGAAGAACAAGCAAAGUGUUCAAGUUCAUCACAGGCAUCUGAGAAAAGCUUGGAUUCGAUCCCAUCAGGAUCCAAAUGUGUGAAAGUGGAAGCUGCCUGUUCCGGUGACGUGACCAGCAAGCAAGCAAACUGUAUUUCACAUGUCAAUGACAACACUGCUCCAGCUGUCGUAGUCAGUACAACUUUAAAGCGUGUUGCUGAGAAGGUUGUAUUGGAGCUCGUUGGAAGUGAAAGCUUGGGUGGCAAUAAUGCAGAUUUACUGCACAUCACAGAAAAGGACAUGGGAAAUGUCCUUGCUGAAAAAGUCCACUUCGGUGGGAACGGAGUUUCUCAGAGCGGCCUCCAUGAAGAGCUAGAGCUCAUGCAGGUGUGAACUCGGAUGGAUCCAAGAAGUCAGCACUGAGGCAUGGUCUUGAACCCAAUCCUUGUACAUUGACUAUUGCCGUUGUUCCAUUUUCUUUAUACUCUGCUUUUCGGUAUUUGUUUGCUACUUUCUGCAGGGUUAGUCUGAUGUCUACAGCAUGAAGUUGGAGAACGGGGGAAUGGAGGGUCUGGUGUCUCUUUGGUAAGUUGCUCAACUCACAAACUUUCCUUUUGGACACAGAUCUGCAAAAGCACUGGGGAUCCUUGGAAGGAAGAUGGUGGAAAAUCAUGUCAGGCAAUGACAUGGCAAAAACAGCAUUCAAGCAAAGUUUCCGUCAUGGGAGGCCAUAAGAUGUCUACCAGCUCUAGAUUAUGGCAAGUUCUUUUAUCGAGCCUAGCUCACCCCGUAACUUCGUGUCCAGAGUUGCGGUGUAGUUGGCUAUAAUGGACCAGCAGUCCCCCCUGGGUUGACUUGUUAACUUCCCAGGGUUGUCCUGCUCUUCUGCUGUAGAUCUAGAUUGGAAAUAGACGUGACUUAUCCUCCUGUAAUUCUCAAGGCCCCAUUUGUACCCCUCCAUCCGUUGUAAUAUAAGAUUUGCAAGAUGGUUCAUUGUA